UAAUAAUAACCAACAAAGGGCUUUGUCACUGUUAUGUUUCUGUACUGUGUGCAUGUGGACAGCACAUUAAAAAAACCUAUGAUGAAAGUGCUCUUUGUUUGCUUAUGUGCCGUACUCUCACUAGAUUGUGUUAGGGGGCUGGAAGAUGCUCUUGUAACGGAGAUGGUAUUUCUGGAUCUGGAGAUUGAGGGCAGUGCAGCAGGACGAGUGGAGAUCGGGCUGUUUGGAGGAACUGCUCCUAAAACAGUCAGAAACUUUGUGGCACUGGCAAACCAUGAGAAAGAUUACGGCUACAGGGAGUCCAUAUUUCACAGGAUUAUCCCUAAUUUCAUGAUGCAAGGCGGUGAUUUCACCACUUUUGACGGCACUGGCGGCUACAGCAUAUAUGGAACCUACUUUAGAGAUGAGAACUUUAUUUUGGGUCACUAUGGAGCUGUAUGGGUGUGUAUGGCCAAUGCUGGACCAGAUACCAAUGGCUCACAGUUCUACAUCACUGUGAUUGCUUGCCCCUGGCUGGACACAACCCACACAUGUUUCGGAAAAGUGAUGAAAGGAAUGGAUAUUGUGCACAAAGCUUGUAAAACGAGGACCAAUGAGCAUGAUCGUCCAUUGCAACCAGUCAAGAUCCUCAAUAGUGGGAGCUUGCAGAUGGAGGUACCACCAUUUGUGGUGGAGAAAACUGCUGCAGAACUCUGACUUUGACCAGAAAUUAAUAUCCCCAAUUUUCAAAUAUUAUUUUUCGUAUACGUGUAUAAUAUGUUGCAAAUUCACCUAUGCUAUAUUAUACAGUUA